CCCCUCAGUGAGCAGUAAUCCAGCCUCGGCAGUGUAUUGUGUCGGAGUAAUAUGUCGAGUCGUUUUGUGCUCCUUGUUGUCAUGGCGAAGAACAGGAUAUAGCGCAACAUGCGCAAUAAAAAAAUAACAAAAAGAUGCAAUGAUGCCUCUUAUUGACCUCUCCAUCGUAUUAUUAUUGAACUUCCACCUGACUCGUGUGAUUCUGACGGACAUACCAAACCUGGGACAAGAUAAGCCGAGACGUUUCCUGAACGGAGAUACAAUUCCUAUUCAACUUCAGCAUCCAGCCGAUCAGAACUUUACCGUAUUAUUUCUACAAGAAACCAAAGAUGUUCUAUAUUUGGGAGGCACUGAUUUUGUGCUGAAGAUUGAUGUGGAUAGUAAUUAUGUUAUGGAGACAUUUCAAUUGAAUAAAUCAGCCAAUGAGGUGUGUUCACAGGGACCCUGCAGAAAUGUCAUUACUGUCAUCCAAGAAUUUCAAGAUAGCUUGUUUGUCUGUGGAACCAACGGAUACAAGCCACAGUGUUGGAAGCUGUAUUCCCAGGUGGGCAAUCGGUCAAGUGAAAUAGUAGAGAGCUACGAUGGAACAGGGAUUUCACCAUAUGUUUAUACACAGAACCGGCUCUCCCUGACAGUAGAGGGGGACUUAUACGCAGCGGCCCCUUUGGAAUACGAUGGUAGUUCUCUGCAGUUCAGAAGAAAAGCCGGCAGUAGGACUAACGUAUGGAUGUAUGACAACUGGGUGUCAGAGCCCACCUUUGUUGCCGCAUCCUGGGUGAGGCGGAAAGAAGACCGAGACAAUGAGAAGAUUUACAUUUUUUUCCGGGAAAAGAAUUCGGACAGCAGUCCCGAAGCGGACCCUUGGGUCACGAGGGUAGCCAGAGUUUGCAAGGUGGAUGAAGGCGGCUCAAAGAGAUUCUUCCAGAACACCUGGACGUCUUUCCUGAAGGCUCGGCUGGUGUGUGGCUAUCCAAAGGAGUCGCUCUACUUCAACCACCUCCUAGACGUGUAUGUGUUGCACGCAGACAACUGGCGUGACAGCAGGGUCUAUGCACUCUUCACAAGCAGCUGGAAUUCUACAGCAGUUUGUGUAUAUUCGAUGGCAGAUAUUGAUGACGUAUUUGAGAAGUCGAACUUCAAGGGUUAUGAAGGAGACAUUCCCGUCCCAAGACCAGGAACUUGUGUAAAAAACAGCCGGGGCCUACCGUAUGCAACGUUAAACGUGGUGAAGGACCACUCUGAAAUGAGCAAGUGGCUCCACUCCUCCAUACACCCACUGGCUCCCUUCUACGUCAGCAGCUACAACUACACAAAGCUGGCCGUGGACCGCGUGAGAGCCGCCGACCAGCACACAUACAACGUUCUGCUUCUGGCCACCGACACCGGUAAAAUCCAUAAGUGCUUAGAGCUUGGUUCGGAUACUUUCAUCAUUUCAGAAACCCAUCUCUCCAACCACUCAUCCGUUCAGUCAAUGAUACUUUCCUCCAAGAAGAAAAAGCUGAUAGUAAGUUUUGCAGAGGAGGUCUUUAUCCUUGACCUCCCACAGUGUCACCACUACAACAGCUCCUGUGCAGAGUGUGUCCUCUCCAGGGACCCCUACUGCGCUUGGAAUCAGAAUGGAUGCACAUCAACCAUCAUGGGGGGUAAUCAAAAUAAGCAAACAACGGGUGUUUGUACAGCAGCGUUUGAUGAGCCAAACACCCUCGACGAGAACAGACAGGAAACGGUGCGCGCCACCCAAGCAGUCUCCAGGGCGGCCCACGUGGUCCCGCUGGGCGUUCCCUUCUACCUGUCCUGCCCAAUAGACUCGUACCACGCCACCUACGUGUGGAAGCACGUAGGUGGCGACACCAGCUCCUGUCAGCAGAUGGGGUCCCAAUGCCUGCACCUCAUCCCGGCCCUGAAGUCCAGCAGCUACGGCCGCUACCAGUGCUUCUCCCAGGAGCGAGGCCACACCAGACUGGUGGCAGAAUACCUGCUCACCAUGCCACCCGCGCCGGACCCCAGAAACCACAGUGAACGCAUUCCUGUGUGGCGUGUCGAUUGGGUCGUCCUGAUUUCAGCCACUGCGGUGGUUGUUGCAUGGCUUGGCGAUUAGGAGGUGCCCCAGAAUAGCAACGCAAUCGCUUGGUUGGAUCGCUUCACUUCUAACAAGCCGUGCACACUCAUUAGAGGUGGCUGUCUGGGAAUGCGGGAUCAAGCUGUUUAGUGUCUUGCCACACACUUUAAGGUCACAGAGAGAGAGAGAGAGAGAGAGAGAGAGAACUAACUGCUUUUGUUCUUCACAAGCACUUUACAUUGUUGUUAUUAAUAGAGAAAUAUCAAAGAGUGUGUGUGGUGCGUGCGUGUAUGCAAUAAUAUGAGAAUAACUUAUUUACUUGGUCGUCUCUUGGAAACAAGGUUAAAAAAGGGCUUCCCAAGAUCUUUUUUUCUUUAUAACAUUCUCAGGCAAGUCAUUCCAGAGCUGGAUGAAUUUUCAACAAAAAUGGACAACAUGCUUUUUGUAUGACCAUUUUUGAAUUCCCAAUUGGCUGAUUGUGUUUUCCCUGCUACUCUUUAAUCUUAAAAGCCCACUGCCUAUGAUACAAUCUUUGUGGUCCGUUGAGGUUGAGAACAGGAUUCAGAUCUUUGACUUAAUUGGCUUUCAACCCAGCCCUGUCUGUAUUUUUCACAGAAUAGUAAAUACCAGUUAAUGAAAACAUCCAAACAUUCAUUCUCGUUCUAAAUUUUAACUCUGAACAUGCUUUAAAAUGAAUUCAUCAUUUAUCUGUAAAUUAUACUAUAUUUCGUUUAUUAUAUUUUAGUUUAUUUAUUAGCAAACGAUGAGAAUCAAACAGCUUUAUGUGGGUAGCCUACUCCAACCUCAUUGCUGAUCGUUAUGUUACCCUUUAUUCGUAUAUAAAUUAUUGAUUGCAUUUUUAGUAAAUAGUUGGAAGGAAUCUGUUUCUUAAGCAAUAACAUUGAACUGUAUUUUUUUCUAGGCCUUCAUAGAUUUACUAUGUUGUUGGUGUUAUAGGCCUAUGUUGUAUGGAGCAAUCUUUCAUAUUUAUGAAGUUAACUUACACUUCCAUGCAGGGUUAUGAUUCCAUCUUUGUGGGGGUCUCUUGAAGUUGUUGAGGGGGGUGGGGGGGAGAAGACCUAACCCUAACCCUAACCCUUAUUGACUCUAGAGCCCCAAAACUUGUUCGAUAUAGGCAUGGCCUGUAUAUGGUCUUACUACACCCUUUAGUUUUGAAAAAUAUAUGUCUUCUUAUUUUUGAGGAUUUUUUAUUUAGCAACAAUUUCAAUAGCGUCACCAUUGUUUACUCUAGAGCUAAGUUGUUCCAUAUAGGCACGGCCUCUAUAUGGAACUCACACACUCAUGCACACUCCAACAAUGCUCCCCAAAGCUAAUCCCCCCCCCCCCCUACUUUCUAUUUGUAUUUUGACCGGAGGAGCAUCUCAGCCAAUUAAGCUUCUUGCUUUGACCGUUGCUGCGCAUCGUGCGUGUCGCCGCCAUGUUCGAUAAGGUCAAGGCUGGCCUGUAAAUAAAUACAAGACAGCAAUACAGCAUAUUCAUUCAUCGACCGAAUUCAUGAGUUGUUUCAUUAUUCAUAAGAAAUUUUAUUCUAUAUAUCAGAUAUAUAUAUUUUAAAUACAAAACUUUAGGAAGUACCUAUUAAACAAACUGUAGUAUUAGUUGUAAUACAGGGUUGGAACGUUCUGUAUGUAACCUAGGUAACGAGUAGCGGAAACCAUUAAAGGAACAGAGUUCAUAUCAUGCAGUCACUUCUCUACGAGUCUCCUUGAUAUUUUAAUAUAUGUUGCAAGGCCAACUGAACAUGUUGUCAGAAGUUAAGAUAGUAAGCUGCAAAGUGGUAGUGUAGAGUCAACUGCUUGGUACACAAGUAUAGAUGCAUUGUUUGAGUGAGCAUUCGCCGAGUUUGGUUAGACAAGCCAGUCAGUGAGUUAGCGUUAGUAUCUUAACGGCGGGAGCAACGAUGGCUCAGUACCAAGUUAAGCCUCCGGAUCCGUUUUCGUUCUAUUGCAUAUUCUCGAAGAAAGUUGUCCAAUCCCGGGUUGCUUUACUUUAACUCACUUUAUUUAUUAUAAAGUCGUCGGCAUGUUUCGGCAUGGUAAGUGAAGCUAUACGGAGGGAAUUCUAGGAAUCAUGUAGAACACGUGUGAGAGAUAAUAACUCUGGCUACUAUGGGCCACGGGCAGAGGCCCGUGACCCUUCGCGGGUGUCGCUGAAAAUCUCUGGCGAUCCCCACCUCGUGUCCUCAGGUAGAGACCGCCAAGUGGGCGUGGCCUAGUGGGCGUGGCCGGGGUGCAGUAAUGGCUUCGGCUUCUUCAUAUAUUUAAAAGGCGCUGCCAUCUGUGGCUGGAGCAGCCUCUAAUAAGGUCUUGCUCCCCUUGUGGCUAUUUAUAGUAUUUACGGCUUAUAUGUUUGGUCCUGCUUCAUUUUGGUCUAUGUGUGGGUAGCUUAGAUUCUUAAAAUACGUAACAAUCCCUCCUUGGUCAUCUUAGAUGACCAUACAAUAAUAUUUUAAAUCAUAAACACCAUUUACCACACCGAAAACAUAGUCAAAUUAGGAUCAAUCAUCAACACCAUCAACCGUGUGGAAAACUCGAAUAGAGGAAAAAACCACAACGCGCUCAUAAUACUGAGACGGCAUUCACCUUGUGGGUCUCAUUGGGAAUACAGGUCAUUAUUUAACAAUACAACAAUGAACAUAAAUCUUCUUAUCAAACAAUCACAUGGCCAAACAGCACACAAACAAAACUAUUCAUAGAAAUCCUGAGCUAAUACUUUUGGUCAUGUGCUACAAGGUCAUACAAUUUUCAUCAUGUGCAAAAGUAAAGUAAAAAUUGGUAGUCAUAAUACAAUUUUAAAAAAUGCAAGAUUAUUGAUAGCCUAGCAUGGAUUCGGGUGGUUCAGGUGAUCUUCGUGGAUUGGUUCGCACGUGGGUGGUUUUGGGCGUUGUUAUUAUCGUAGCCAUUGUUUCUUCUGUCGCCGUCGGGCCUGUAAUUCAUGAACCCAAGACUCGUCCCUCCUUGUCAAGGGCUCAACUCAGAGAGGUUACUCCUACACAGGGCCGUGUCUAACGAAUGGGCUGACCGGGCUGUAGCCCCAGGCCUCGCCGCUAGGGGGGCCUCCGGUCGCUGAAGGUCAAAUUACAAAAAUCCAUAAAAAAAAAUAAUAAUAAAAAUAAAAAGAG